AUGGCUUCUCCGAUUUCGGAUUCCGUUGCAACUCCUUCGCUCUCUCCUCCUCCCGAGGUGGCUCAGCCCUCUUCAAGAUCUGAAAAUCUAGAUCUCGAAAUGAAACUUCAGUCUUCCUCCAUUCCGGCUUCGAUUCUGUCCUCUGACGCUUCUUCCUAUGCUGAGCAUUUCAAGUAUUCCCUUCGCAACCUCCAAAAAAUAUCAUACCUUACUUUUUUGGAAGAUAGAACACCGGUGAUGCAAGCUCCGGCCGAUAUUCUUCUUCAAACGGUGGAUAUGUGGAAAGAGCAUAUCAUUGCUCAAUUCCAUGGAACUCUCUCGUGA